UAGUGUGCUUUAUAGUGGAUUGGAUUAAGAUUAGUUAUUUGUAAAAUAGAUCCCAUGAAUGUCAGUAAACCUGUUCCAAGAAUAUCUAAGCCUCUUUUGAGAGGCUGGGUUUAAAAAAAAAAUGCUGUAGGGCAUGUAUAACCAAAUGAAGAGAUAGAGAAGUAAGUGACCUGUGAUUAUGAGUCAGCCACAGUUUUCAGGCAUGGAGUCAUCCCAUCGCAAGAUAAGGUAGUUAUUUUAUGUCUGUUUUCCUCGAAAACCUGAUGACAACUUGAAUGGUACCAUAAUAUUGUACCUGGUUACUUUUUUCUUUUGGAACCACAGCCAGUUGAGUGUGAACAGAAUUUCUGACAGUUAAUUAAAUAUUUAAUGAAGCAAAUUGGUUGACGAAACAUAAAGUGAGAAAAAGGAUUGGGAAGCAAAGAGGAAGCCAGUUUAACAACUUACAGUGGGAAAGUAUCCAAAAGUACUAGAAAUUGUGCCCUAAUUUAUCCAGCCCUGUAAACUGUCAGUGAUAAGCAAACACUGAAAAAAAAAUGUUUCCAAAAAUGGCAAGGCAGACCUGUGUAGUCUAUGUACUCCGUUCCACAAACUGUAUAAAUGUAGCAGAAGACGAGAGAGUCAUUGGUUCCAAGAGAGCUGUUGCAUUUUGUUGCUUCCUUGUAUCUUUUGGACCUGCUUUUUUCCUUGACUUUGGCUGAAAGGAUAGUGAGAAGUCAUGGGUGAUGAUGAUGAAACCACAGCUCUUGUCUGUGAUAAUGGUUCUGGGCUUUGUAAGGCUGGAUUUGCAGGAGACGAUGCUCCUCGGGCUGUCUUUCCAUCUAUUGUUGGGCGCCCUCGGCACCAGGGAGUUAUGGUAGGGAUGGGCCAGAAAGACAGCUAUGUUGGGGAUGAAGCACAAAGUAAACGAGGAAUUCUGACCCUGAAAUAUCCCAUUGAGCAUGGUAUUAUCACAAACUGGGAUGACAUGGAAAAGAUUUGGCAUCAUUCUUUCUACAAUGAACUUCGUGUUGCCCCUGAAGAGCAUCCUGUACUGCUCACAGAAGCUCCUUUAAAUCCCAAGGCUAAUCGAGAGAAAAUGACUCAGAUAAUGUUUGAAACAUUCAACGUACCAGCAAUGUACGUGGCCAUUCAAGCCGUUCUCUCCUUGUAUGCAUCUGGACGAACUACCGGAAUAGUUCUGGACUCUGGAGAUGGUGUGACACAUAAUGUACCUAUCUAUGAAGGUUAUGCCCUGCCACAUGCUAUCAUGAGACUAGAUCUGGCUGGUAGAGAUCUCACUGAUUAUCUCAUGAAAAUUCUUACAGAGAGAGGAUAUUCUUUUGUUACUACCGCGGAGCGUGAGAUUGUGCGAGAUAUUAAAGAAAAGUUAUGCUAUGUGGCUCUGGAUUUUGAGAAUGAAAUGGCUACUGCUGCCUCUUCAUCUUCUUUGGAGAAGAGCUAUGAACUUCCCGAUGGCCAAGUCAUCACAAUUGGCAAUGAAAGAUUUCGAUGCCCUGAAACUCUCUUCCAGCCAUCCUUUAUAGGAAUGGAAUCUGCUGGAAUCCAUGAAACAACUUAUAACAGCAUAAUGAAAUGUGAUAUUGAUAUCCGUAAAGAUCUUUAUGCCAAUAAUGUGCUUUCUGGAGGAACCACCAUGUACCCCGGUAUUGGUGAUCGUAUGCAGAAAGAAAUCACAGCACUGGCUCCAAGUACUAUGAAAAUUAAAAUGAUUGCACCUCCAGAACGUAAAUACUCUGUUUGGAUUGGAGGUUCCAUAUUAGCUUCUCUGUCAACUUUCCAGCAAAUGUGGAUCAGCAAAGAUGAAUAUGAAGAAGCUGGUCCUUCCAUUGUCCAUCGCAAAUGCUUUUGAGUAUGCUUACAAUUUCCUAUAAGGGAUCCCUUGUGGUUUCUCACUAUUUUCUUAAUUUUCUUUUCACACUUCUAAAACUACAGUAAAUGGUUUUGCCAAUUAAUUAAGUGCUGUUUUCUGGUGCCUAAAAUAUGCAUCAGAUUUUUCAUUCCAGUAACAAGCAAAGGGUAGCUAUGAUCAUUGGAAAGCUACUUCUUCAAACUCUUUCCCCCCCCCUAGAACAAAAUGUGCAUUAGGAAUUUUCCUACCACUUCUGGGCAGUGAAUUCAGUAUUUUAUACUUUAUCACAGAAUAGCCAGUUAAAUGUUCAUGUAGUCCUUGAUUUACAAGCUUUCGUUUAGCAACCAUUCAAAGUUAUCAUGAAAAAAGUGACUUAUAACUGGUUCUUGCACUUACCACCAUCACUGCAUCCCCACAUGAUCAAGGUUCAGCUACUUGGCAACCAGCAUAUAUUUAUGAUUGUUGCAGUGUCCUAAGAUCUUGUAAUCUCCAUUUUUAACCUUCCCAGCCGGCUUUUGAGAAAUAAAGUCAAUGAGGGAAGCUGGA